AUGGUGUUAUGAAGCCCGGCUGCUGAUCUGCUUAAGAGUUGCUCCCUUAUGACUGCUAUGAAGAAAUGAGUCGAUUUCUAUGAGACUGUGAAGGAUAAUCAGUCGUCAACCACAUACGUGUCCGAGGAAGCCAAAAAUCAUGUCGGCAAUCAAGAUUGCCCUGCAGCAGAGCCAGAAGAAAAGCAAAAGGAAAAUCUCUGAAGCAAUGUCUGCAGAUGUGUCUCCGGACUCCAAGUGUCCCAUCUGUUUGGACAUAUUUAACAACAUUUCUUACCUGGAUAUCUGCCUUCACAAAUUCUGUUUCCGCUGCAUUCAUGAGUGGUCCAAAAACAAAGCCGAGUGCCCUUUAUGCAAACAGUCUUUUAAUUCAAUUUAUCACAGUAUAAAAUCAGAGCAAGAUUUUAAGAAGUAUGACCUUCAACCGGUAGAGAGUGGCUCAUUUGGGUCUUUUGGGGGAGUGCGGUUUAGAUACCGCACCACUCUUACAGGAGUCCAUCGGCAGAUGCGGGGAAGAACCUCUCCACCUCCAGACAACGGUGUAAUGUUUGAAGCUUCAGCUAACCCUCCCCAACAGGAGCAGGAGCGUUACAUCCGGCGGAUGAUGAAGAGGUUGGCAGCGAAGAGGAGAGCCGCAACUGAAGGCAGGGCAGUGAACACUGUCCGAGAGCUGGAAAUGGUCAACUUCAGGAGGGAAUUGUACCGACAGGGAGUGAGGGUUCGUAAUGUUCACGAUGGUGGUCGCUCCAGAGAAACCUCGGCUGAAUUCUUCCGAACAAAUCCUGCGUGCCUGCAUAGACUGAUCCCCUGGCUGAAAAGAGAACUUGUUGUGCUGUAUGGGGCCCACGGCUCUUUGGUCAACAUAGUACAACACAUCAUCAUGUCGCGCAUUACACGUUAUGACAUGGAGGAUGGAGCUAUUCUGGAAGAGCUCAGGCCGUUCCUCCAGGCGCGCACAGAGCACUUUAUCCAUGAGUUCAUGAGCUUUGCAAAGUCCCCCUUUAAUAUGGAGGCCUAUGACCAGCAUGCUGCCUACGACUGCCCAGCCUCUUCCUCAAAUGAAGACGGCAGCUCCAAUUCAUCUGUAAUAGCUAUCUCAGAGGAUGAGGAAGACUUGACGGGGUUUGACCCCCCAGGGGACUCCACGUCUACUCUGAGGCACUCCAUGUGGGACGAUGAGACGCCGGGGCCGUCUUAUUCUACGACAGCAGAGCAGAGAAGGGCGGAGGGUCUCUCGGUCCUCGACUCAGACUCAGACAGCAGUUUAGAGGAGGACACACGGGGGUUAGGGGCGUCCCCACAGCAAAUGAGUCCUCACAGCCAAACAGCGGUGACUCAGGGUGAGUUUACCAACGAGGAGUGUAUAUUUGAUAUCAGUGAUGACUGUAUCAUUGUUAAUGUUGUCAAGCCAACAGCAGAAAGGACUCCUGAGCUGGUCCAGCUCUCCUCUGACUCUGAUGAGUCUGCUGAUGAAGAUGUUAAAGCAGUGCCUCUUCUACCUCAACACAUCCGCUUCUCCAGCCUCAGUCCUAUACCUUCACAGAGCAGUGAUCCAAGCAGGGCUGGACAGUUAGAAAAUGUUGAAACAGACCACUAUCAUCAGUUGGUUUCAAAAGAAAGAUGUGGCUCUUCGACAUCUAGCAAAUACAAGACAUCCAGCAGGUCAGACAGAAAAGACACUGAUAGAAGAUAUGACAGCAGACCCAGAGAGAGUCGCGUGUCAAAGGACAUCGAGCACAGGAGAAAGAGGCGCUCAAGAAGUGCAGAGCGCACACACUUUACCAGGAGCAGAUCUAGAGAAAAGGGUUAUUCUCCAAGUGGCAGAGGCGACUCAAAAUCUGAGAGAAGUUAUAAAAAGACAGACAUUGAUCACCGCUAUAAAUCAUCUCAUAAUCUGCAUCACACAGAGAAGCGGUCUUACUCAAAUCGGCACUCUUGCUCCAGGAGCCCUAGCAGGGACUCGCGGAGACGUGAAAGGAGGCAUUCUCCUUCCAGGACUUAUUCCAGCAGUAGCUCCCCUUCGACGAAAAAGAGAUCACACAACAACAAGCCAGGUGGAAAGAGGAAAUACAAAACAAGACAUUUGGAAGACGCAGCACGCAAAACCGAACUUUCCAACUCGAUUGGAGAAGGCGAGUCCCCCUCGUUGCCAAGGAAAGAAAAGAAAAAGAGCAAAGAGCAGAAUCGUAAAAAAUCCAAAGACGGGUCGAGCAGGAGCCUCAGUGUGGAGCUCGUCAACGAGGAUAACUCUCAGGAGCGAAGCAAGCGUCACCAUAAGAAAAAGAAGAAACACAAGAAGAGAAGUAAAAGGCACAGGAGCAGUGAACGCACAGGGAACCACUCGCCCGCUGUCAUCACCAUUGACAGUGACAGUGACAGCGAUACGGUUGCCAAUGAUAAUAUCCCCCAGGACAGCAGCACUAAGGACAACCCCAUCGACAAUACCACAGAUGACCCAGUUGACCCCGCCCCUCCGGACUCUAUUGAGUAGUUAUAUGGAAAGAGUAUUAUACAUCAAAACUAAAUAUUUCAAAGGAUACGGUGGCCGUUUCUCAAUGUCGAGUGCACAUGCUGCAGAGCCACUAUUUC